AUGUCGAGCGCAGGAGUUGCGCUGCGUUCUACAAUGGACCCACAGUCCGAAUCGAGGCUCGUCCAAGUUCCCCUGGAGGUGCUGGUCCGGAUUACACGCCGCAUUUCAACGGUCGAUGUCGGAAAUGUGCGAUUGAGUUGCAAAGCCCUUGAGCGUGGCCUUUUCAACUUUUUCGCCCAUGAGUUCUUUCGAAAGAAGCAGUUCAUGGUGACUACCCACAGUCUACAAGCUUUGAUCGACAUCUCCAAGCACAAAACUCUGUCUCCAUUCCUCAGACAUGUCAUUAUCUCGACUGAUCGCCUGCGGGCAGAUAGACCUCCGCAUGGGUUUGGGGCGGACGCUGACAGGACGGCCGAGGUCAAAGCUCGCCAGGCGCUGGCUCAUGCCGAGCUCAAUCACCUGAUGACCACCGGGGGGCUCCGAGACAUGCUAGCGGAAGCCUUCUCUAACCUGACCGGGCUGGAGAUAAUCGACAUUCGCAACUUCAAUUCGAUGAGCCGCUGGCGCGAUGGAGAGCACAGCAAAUGGCGAAGCUGGGGCACCCGCGCACUGGAGGAAUCAACAGACACAGCCGUUGACGGCGCCCCGAGGCACGGUGAAGAAGAGACCUUCGGUAGCAGGAUUUUCACCGCCAUUACCGCUGCUCUUGCCGCAGUAAACGCACGACCUAAAAGCAUCGAGGUCAACCUCCGAGACACUGCAUAUCACGUCGCGAGUGCGGGGCUCCACGACGGCGCGUUCUACAUCCCCACAAGCCUUGAACCUGCCGUCUCCGGAGUCCUUUCAAACUUGUUGAUUCUCCACCUCAUGCUGGAUUCAUCCCGCGUGUCCCCCUCCAGGCCGUUCAUGUACCAGAAGUACUUGUCGCUGGCGCCCAAUUUGACCUGGCUACGGUUAAAUUUUGCCCGCAAGCGGGGUCUCCAUGAAUCCUUCGAGGUACUCAACUGGUUGGCUCACCCGGACGACCAAAUUUCCCUCGCUUCUUUCGAAACACCGCCUAUCCCCUUGACGAAACUCGAGCGGUUGGACCUCGGAGACCUCACGAUUGCAGACAAACUACUCGUGAGUGUUGUCAGACGCUUCGCUCCAACCUUGACGACGCUGCACCUAAACAGAGUAUGUCUGAAGCGCCAUGAUCGGGACGUCGUCGACGCCUUCGACCCAGCAGCCUCCAAGAUUAGUCCCUGGGAACGUUUUCUAUCUGCUCUCCGCAGGAUACCCGACCUACGGCUCCGAACCCUUGCCAUGAGGCUUCCGUCGCACCCGGCAGCACGAGCACCACCCGGUGUGCCGAGGCCGGUGUUGUUUUGGCCUGGUCAGCCUGGGGUCGACUCGCGGGUGAACGAGUGGACAUGCUCGACAAACCUUGAGAGCCUUGACAUGGCUCUUGCGCGGGCAAUCGAUGCAAUUGACCGAGACUGGUUGAAGGAUGAGGACGACGACGAAGAGGAAGAGGAUGAUGAAGAGCAGAGUUUUGACGAAGACGAAGACGAAGGGGAUGAAAACAGCGACGAGGAGGGCAGUUAG